AUGGAAAAAUGGAACUUUGCUGAACUUAUGGAAAUCAACAAAGAUUAUAUUGAUGCAUUUGAUUCACUAUACAGGCUAAAAACGUUCGAUAGUGAUAAAAUCGACCAAAUUUACAACAAAAUCAAAAAUGUAUUAAUAGAAAGUAAGAUGUUUCCACCAUCCAUUAUUUGCGAAAUCAUAUCAUCAAUUAUCAAAUACAAUAAUCGCUACUUAAAAUCAUAUUGGGCCCUAUUCAAAAAAAUUUAUGAAGAAUAUCAACCAAAAGACAUCAAACAUGUUUCUUCUGUAUUUGACUACUUUGUCUUUAAAGAAUAUGGAAUUGUAUUUAACGAGAGUCAUAAAGACAAAUUCAGAAAUUAUGAAUCUCAAAAUCUUUCAUUGGAAGUUCAUGAAAAAAACACAAUUUACAGGGCCAUUAUGGAAGAUGACUUAAUAUCAUUUAUCAUGUUCACAGAACGAGAUGGAUUUGAUGACCAGCAGAAGCUAAAAAAUAAGUUAUAUAAACAUGGCUUUCGUCAUUAUUCAUUACUUGAUAUAUGUUGUUAUUACGGAUCUGUUAACUGCUUCAAAUUGUUAAGAACGAAAUUCAAUUCAAAAAUAACAAUGUCCUCUCUUGAAUUUUCAUUUUUGGGAGGAAAUCCAGAUAUAAUGAGCGAAUGUUUGAAAGUUCAAAAACCACUUUUAAGUUCCACUGAAUAUGCAAUAGUUUCUCAUAACAUCGAUUUCAUUUCUUUUUUGGUUAAUGAAUAUCGAUUAAGUAUUAAUCUAUAUUUAUGCUGUGAUUAUUAUAAUCUUCCUGCAUUUUUAAUGUAUUGUGAUCAAAAGCAUUUAAUUGGAUCCUGCUUCGUUUUAUCUCCAGCUUUUCGUAAUUUGUCAUUUUGCGAUUAUUUACUUUCACAUUAUUCAAUAAAUAUUAACAAUAGGGAUUGGUCUGGACGCACGGUCUUAAACACAGCAAUAUUGUAUAAUGUUAAAGAGGCUGUAGAAUUUUUAAUUUCACGCGGAAUUGAUGUCAAUUUAUACUACAAAAAUAGCACCAAUUAUCUUCAAUAUGCUGCAACAUAUAAUAGAAAAGAAAUAGCAGAAAUUCUAAUUUCUCAUGGCAUUGACAUCAACAUGAAAGAUUCCCAGGGAAAGACAGCUAUUCAUUAUGCUGCUCAAUGUGGUGGCAAAGAAACACUCGAAUAUCUGAUUUCGCAAGGUAUGGAUAUCAAUGAAAAGGAUCUGACUGAAUCCACACCUCUCCUUGUAUCAGCCGAGAAGAAUUCAACAGAAACAGCUGUUGUUCUUAUUUCUCAUGGAGUCGAUGUCAAUGCUAAAAAUGAACUUGGGCAAUCAGCUCUUCAUUAUGCAGCACAUUUUAAUAAUACAAUAAUAGCUGAGGCACUCAUUUCACACGGCGCUGAUGUAAAUUCUAGAAAUUUAGAACAGGAAACGCCUCUUCACAUUGCAGCAAAAGGAAAUAGUCAAGAAAUGAUAAAAUUCCUUGUUUCAAAUGGUGCUGAUAUUAAUGCAGAAGCUAACUCUUAUAAAACUCCACUUGAUUAUGCAAAGAAAUCAUUUGAGGAUGCUGCAAAUCUCUUGAUUUCUCUUGGGGCUGAUGACGCAUUGUAUUUUGAUGAUUUCGCAGGUUUACUUGAGCCACCUUUCUAA